GCCCUAUUCUUACUUUUCACCUCGUCGUGAUCAAUAAGGGCUGAGUUCUUGACUCUUAACAGCAAAGGGACGUUUUAAGAUGGAUUCUGCUAUGGACAACAAUAGUUCAGGUAGUGAUGAAGAAGCAAAAGAAGAGGAGACCACCGUCAACGAGAGUGUGAUCUACCAGGCUGCAUUACAAGAUCUGAAACAACCCAAGACCGAAAAGGAUCUACCUUUUGGUGUUCUUUCAGUUCCACUUAUGAGGCAUCAGAAAAUUGCAUUGGAAUGGAUGCGUAAGAAAGAAAAAAGAAGCAGGCAUUGUUUGGGAGGGAUAUUAGCAGAUGAUCAGGGACUUGGUAAAACAAUCUCGACGAUCUCGCUUAUCUUAUUGCAUAAGUUGAAGUUACAAUCAAAGCUGAAAAUUAAGCGAAAUGGUCGAAAAUCUGGCGGUACAUUGAUUGUUUGUCCAGCUAGUGUUGUAAAGCAAUGGGCAAGAGAAGUUAAAGAAAAGGUUUCUGAUGAACACAAGCUCUCUGUUUUAGUCUACCAUGGAUCUUGCAGAACCAAAGAUCCUAUUGAAUUAGCAAAACAUGAUGUCGUUGUGACAACCUAUGCCAUUGUUACAAAUGAAGUUCCCCAAAACCGUCUGGUGGAUUUGUAUGAUACAAUGAGUAAGAAGAGAGGCAGAGAAAGCUUUGAAGGACCUAAAAUUCAGCCUCGCGUUGGUGCACUAGGAAGAGUUAGGUGGUUGAGAGUAGUGUUAGACGAAGCUCAUACAAUUAAAAACCAUAGAACGCUAGUUGCAAAAGCUUGUUUUAGCCUUAGAGCCAAAAGGAGAUGGUGUUUGACAGGAACACCAAUACAGAACAAGAUUGAAGAUCUUUAUAGCUAUUUCAGGUUUCUUAGAUAUCAUCCGUAUGCCAUGUGCGAUUCAUUUCGCCAAAGAAUCAAGUCUCCAAUUUCCAGAAACCCUCUUCAUGGUUACAAGAAGCUUCAAGCUGUUCUAAGAGGAAUAAUGCUUCGCCGCACCAAAGGAACAUUACUUGAUGGACAACCUAUAAUUAAUCUACCUCCAAAGCAAGUUAAUUUGAGCAAAGUGGACUUUUCUGUAGUAGAAUGGUCUUUCUACAGGAAGCUUGAAUUGUAUUCGCGUUUGCGGUUCGAGGAAUAUGCUGAGGAAGGGACUUUGCAUGAACACAUGACUCAUCUUUUGCUGAUGCUUUUGCGGCUACGCCAAGCUUGUAACCAUCCACAACUUGUUAAUGGAUAUAGUCAUUCAGACGCUAUUGAAGAAAUGUCAGAUGGGGUUCAAGUAGCACAGAGAGAUUACCUAAUCAUCCUCUUCAAUCUCUUAAAAUCAUCUUCUACCGUCUGCAAUCUCUGCAGCGAUCCACCAAAAGACCCUGUUGUUACUUUGUGUGGCCAUGUGUUUUGCUAUGAGUGUGUGUCUGAAAACAUUAAUGGGGAUAACAAAACGUGCCCUGCACUUAAUUGCAGUAGAGAGCUUAAACAUGAUAUUGUUUUCACUGAAUCUGCAAUUAGAAGUUGCAUCAACGAUUAUGAUGAUCCUCAAGAUAAGAAAGCUCUAGCAUUGCUAGAAAACGAGUUUAUUUCAUCGAAAAUUAAAGCUGUUAUAGAGAUUCUCCAGUCGCUUGCAAAGCAAGGCACUGAUCCAGACUCUCCACCAAUAAAGACAAUACUGUUCUCUCAGUGGACUGGUAUGCUUGACUUGGUUGAGCAUUCUUUUAUCAAAAACCAUAUAAAGUUCAGGCGACUAGAUGGUUCGAUGUCUCUAUUAACAAGAGAUUUAGCUGUAAGAGAAUUCAACAAUGAUCCAGACGUACAAGUGAUGUUGAUGUCUCUUAAAGCUGGAAACCUUGGAUUGAACAUGGUAGCUGCAUGUCAUGUUAUUCUCUUGGAUCUUUGGUGGAAUCCAACAACUGAAGAUCAAGCUAUCGAUCGAGCUCAUCGUAUCGGACAAACUCGGACUGUUACAGUAACUCGUAUUGCCAUCAAAAACACUGUCGAGGAUCGUAUUUUGGCUCUUCAGGAACGUAAAAGAGACAUUGUUGCAUCUGCAUUGGGUGAAAAACAUGGUAAAAGUUCUGCGAUUCAACUAACAUUAGAAGAUCUCGAAUACCUAUUUUUUGGUGUGUAG